AUGCAAUUCCAAACCCCGCCCCCAACGCCGCAAUACUGCCGGCUCACAUUCCCGACCCCUCACGUCCUGCUGGUGACGCUAGCCCGCCCGCGCGACCUGAACUGCAUCAACACGGCCGGCCACCACGAGCUCCACGAAAUCUGGGAGUGGAUGGACGACGAGCCCGAGGUGCGGGUCGGCGUGCUGACCGGCGAGGGACGGGCGUUCUGCGCGGGCGCCGAUCUGAAGGAAUGGAACAAUCAGGCCCAGUCCAACAACGCCAAGCGCACGACGCCGCCCGGCGGGUUCGGCGGGCUCUCGCGCCGCAGCGGGAAGAAGCCCAUCAUCUGCGCGAUCAACGGGCUGUGUCUCGGCGGCGGGUGUGAGAUGAUCGUCAACGCGGAUAUGGUGGUUGCCUGUGAGAAGGCAUUCUUUGGGUUCCCCGAGGUGCAGCGCGGCGUGGUUGCCAUCGCUGGGGCGCUGCCGCGCGUGGUGCGCACGAUUGGUCGGCAACGGGCCAUGGAGAUGGUGCUCACGGGUCGGCGGGUGAUGGCCGCCGAGGCGCGCGAGUGGGGGUUUGUGAACGAGGUGGUCGCGCGGGAGGAUCAGGUCGUGCCGCGCGCUUUGGAGCUGGCAGCCCAGAUUGCGGCGAACAGCCCGGAUGCGGUGAUUGUCAGUCGCGAGGGAGUCAAGUUGGGAUGGGAAGGCGUUGGCGCGGAGGAUGCCAGUCGGCUGCUGGUGGAUGGGUGGCAGAAGCGCUUGAACGAAGGGGAAAAUAUCAAGGAAGGACUGCGGGCAUUUGUGGAGAAGAGGAAGCCCAAGUGGUUGCCGAGUAAGCUAUGA